CUGACAUCAUUUUUCAUUGCCUAUUUUAAUAUAAUGUUUUCUUUUGUUUUCACAGUACAAGGAUUGUCGAAGAAGCCAGAAGUAGUUCCUAAGCCAGCCGUAGCUGUUAAGGUCAAGCACGAACUCAAAUGCUUUCCUAACGGAAUGAAAGUCACGGUCGACAGACUUCCCUUCCARCUCAGCCAUGACCUACAACUUCUCGACAAAAAUUGCAAACCUAWAAAGAAUAAGAAAGGAGACUUCGUYUUCGUUUUCMAAUUUGACCAAUGUAAAACCGGAGUCAAGACUACAGCAUCGGAAAUCAUCUUCACAAACARGGUUCUUGGUAAAAUCCUUCAUAAGAACGACAAAAUCUCCCGUAUUAARGAUGUUAACAUAGCUCUUACUUGUAAAUAUCCWCGAGAGAAGGUSCUYUCAUCCGGCGCAAUCCUACCUAACCAGGACAGAUUUAGAGGUGCGUCUGUCGAGGGUGGUAGAUUCAAGUUUAGCAUCCUGAUAUUUAAAGACAACAAGUUCACGGUGCCAUACAAGCCUAAAGAUUACCCCAUCAAGAAACACCUUCGCGAACGUUUCCACGUCCAGGUCAAAGUCAGGUCUCUCAGAACACAGCUCGCUAUCUUGGCACAACAUUGCUAUGCCACACCCAAAAAACACGCUGCUGGAGCUUUCAGGCAUAAUUUGAUCGUAAACAGUUGUCCUGCUGACAAAACUCUCAAGUUCCAUAAAUCCCCWUCAGCAAAUAUACAGAGGUUCAGUGCCCAGACUUUCMACUUUCGUCGACCAGGACCAGCAAAAUACCACUAUAUUUACAUCCACUGCGUCGUCACCGUUUGUGACGGAAACAAGAAAAACAGCGUGUGCGCAAAGGGCUGCCAGAAAAAGAAGCUUGGAAAACGUGAAGAAUCGAGCUUGGACCAAGGGAUUGGAAAAAUCAGUCUKACUCAAGGACCAUUCGCCGUACAAGUUCCAGAUGUUCAACACGACGAAAGUAACAUUGAGAGAGCUGAUGAACCAGAAAUGCCUGCCUUGGUGUCUUACAACUGAAUGAACAUCGUACGCCUGACCCCGGACUGAUUGACAGCCAUCCUAAUAGAGGAUACGCGGCUGAUCUUAUAUUAGGAAAUAAUCAUUUGUAAUAAUUCUAGAAUAAAGAUGUCUUUGACAGAAU